CAGGAAUUACAAAGCGCAUCAGAUACCGACACCCCUUCCGCCAGACUCACUCUACCUUUCUUCUCGAGAAGCCUCUAUCUUCAUACCUUCUCUUUUUCCUCUCUCUGUCUCUCUGUUUCUCUCUCCCCCCAUCACCUGCAACAAUACCCGCGAAAGUCUGCAAUAUUCACUGGUUAGAAUCAUCAAUCAUGGUUCUUUUGCUGUAUUUUGUGCUUCUCUUGGCUCUCACUGGUCACUCAAGUGCUCUAUAUUGUGUGUGCAAGGAUGGUGUGGGCGAUCAAGCUCUUCAGAAAGCUCUGGAUUAUGCUUGUGGAGCUGGAGCUGACUGUACUCCUAUUCUUCAGAAUGGUGCUUGUUACCAACCUAACACUGUGAAGGAUCACUGCAGCUACGCUGUUAAUAGCUACUUCCAGAAAAGAGGUCAAGCUCAGGGAAGCUGUGACUUUGCUGGCACUGCUACUGCCUCUCAAACUGCUCCUGCUUCAUCUUCUGGAUGUGUUUUCCCUUCAAGUGCUAGUAGUACUAGCACAGGAACAGGCACAACGACAACACCAUCAACAUCGCCGACAACUGGGAUAACAGGCACAACACCUUCCACUACAACCUCAACCACACCCACAUCCACAACUGCAGGGACAACCACUGGCACAGGAACAGGGACAUCAAGUCCUACGUUUGGGAUAAGUCCUACGGCCACAACAACUGGGACAGGAACAAGCUUCAAUGACAGCAAAGGAGUAGCUCUUCUGCAAUCCACAGUGUUUCCAUUACCAUUAUCCCUUCUUAUCUUCUGGUUAAUGUUCAUCAUUAGGGUUUAAUUUGACUGGUAUAUAUAAGAAUGUAAACUUGGAACAACUAGUAGAGUGUGGGAGAGGAGUGGUGCGCGGAUGGUAUUUAGCCACGAUAUGAGGGGUAAUCAUGUAAAAUUAUAUAAGGAAUCAUCGAGAAGAAAACCCCACUUGGGUUUGUUUGUUGGUUUCCUUCCUCUUCUUUCCGUGGGGGAAAAAGGUGAGAGAAUUUGGUUCUUAUUCAGUGGUGAUACUUGGAGCUUGAUAUGACUCCCGAAAGUAGAUAGAUAUGAAUACUUAUGAUGGCAUGAUUCGAUUGACAAUGGGACAAUUUGACAUGAA